GUCACACUGGUUCGCGCAACUAAUUGUUGUUGUUCUCCAAUUGAAAUGUCUGCUGAGCAGGACGCACUGCGUCUGUUCAUCAUCCAAAGCAAAGAGCGCUUGCAGCAGCUGCUCAAUCGCCUACAAUGGACAGAAGAAGGCGUACUAAAGCAGCAUCGAGUGCCAUCUAAAUUCAAGGAGACUAGCGAGCAGCAGCUACCGCCCAGUUGCAUGAGAACACCACAGCGGAGCGUGCAACUGAGUCAAGACCAACUGCAGCAAUUGCUGGGCAAGCAACACACAGAGACAACGACUAUAAAAAGCGUUGAUGAUUUGCAAAUCAAUUAUAGCACAGAAGAAAAGCUACUGCUCUACGAGCAUGUGUUGGAGCGAACGCCACGACAACGUGAGAGCUUCGAGGAGAACACCAGCUUUGCGCAGCUAGUCGCGGAGACGAAAAGAGCACAUCAAAAGCAGCGGCGUCAUCGAAAGACGAAACCAACUCUGCACGAGCAGCUUCAUCAGCUGGUCGAGUUGCAAAUGCAGGCAAUGAUCAAGCAGCAACGGCAAUUGCUAGACCAAGAGCAGCAGAGGCAGCUACAUGCAACAUAUAACAAUCGCAGACAACGCUCCAGAUCCCGAUCCCGCGAUCGUUCCCGUUUUCUUGAGCAUCACAAGCCACAACAGCGUAGGCAACGCAGUCGCAAUCGCAGCCGCAGUCGAGAGCGACACAAGCAGCAGAAACACCACAGGAAACAUUCCCGAUCUCCCUGUCACUCCCGAGCUCGUUCUCGCUCCCGAUCUCGUUCUCACCGCCGUCAUCACAGAUCACAUCAUAAUUGACUUGAGUGGCUUUAAUAGUUAGCGACAAAAAAAAAAAGAUAUAGCAUUAAAGUAUUUUAUAACGUGUAA